AUGGGGAAGAAGAGACGUUGGGAGCUCUUGAACAUUGCCAUUCUCAUCAGAGAACAAGGGGGGAAGAUCAAACACAAGCUCCACCUCUUCAAGAAGGUCAGAAAAUUCAAAAGGCACAGCUUCCUCCAGCACUACAACUACAACAACUUCAUGGCAGAGUACGAGUUCUCUCCUGCCAGCAGUCCUGAUUUCCCAAGGAAGAGAGCAAGAGGAUGCCUCUACCCGCUGCUCCUUUGUGGAGCAACAUGCAGGGGAGGAACGGAGGAAGACGACGAAAGCGCGCUUGUUUCCGAGGAUUUGGCGAUUGUGGACGAGGAGAAAGUAGCAGAAGAUGCAACGGAAAGUGACUAUGAACGCGAAGUUUCUACGGACGGAACUGAUAGUGUCGACCGGAAGGCUGAAGAGUUCAUCGCCAGGUUUUACAGGGAGAUACGACUGCAAAGACAGGUGUCAGAGUUGCAGUUUAGUGAAAUGUUAAAUAGAGGUUGCAGCUGA